AUCAGAUUCAUCAACAACAUGGGACCCAGAAACAAAACAGGGGUUUCAGAAUUCCUUCUUAUGGAAGUGACAGAGGAUCCAGAACUGAAGCCCCUUCUCUUUAUUCUGUUUCUAUCCAUAUACCUGGUCACCAUCCUGGGAAACUUGCUCAUCAUCCUGGCUGUCGGCUCCGACUCCCACCUCCACACCCCCAUGUACUUCUUCCUCUCCAACCUGUCCUUUACUGACAUCUGUUUAAGUACAACCACCAUCCCAAAGAUGCUGGUGAACAUCCAAGCACAGAAUCAGAGCAUCACUUAUACAGGCUGCCUCACACAGAUCUACUUUGUCCUGGUUUUUGCUAGUUUGGAAAGUUUUCUUCUUGCAGUAAUGGCUUAUGACCGCUAUGUGGCCAUCUGUCAUCCACUGAGGUACACAGUCAUCAUGAACUCCCACCUCUGUGGCAUGCUGGUUCUACUCUCCUUGUGCAUUAACAUUGUGGAUGCCCUGAUGCACAGUCUGAUGGUGUUGCAACUGACCUUCUGCACAGGCCUUGAAAUCCCUCUCUUCUUCUGUGAAGUUGUUCAGGUCAUCAAGCUUGCAUGUUCUGACACCCUCAUCAAUAACAUCCUGAUAUAUUUUGCAACUGGCAUAUUUGGUGGUAUUCCUCUGUGUGGAAUCAUUUUCUCUUAUACUCAGAUAGUAUCCUCUGUUUUGAGAAUGCCAUCAGCAGGUGGGAAGUAUAAAGCUUUUUGCACCUGUGGGUCUCACCUGUCAGUUGUGUCUUUGUUCUAUGGGACAGGUUUGGGGGUAUACAUAAGUUCUGCUCUUACUAACUCUUCCAGAAACACUGCAGUGGUUUCAGUGAUGUACACUGUUGUCCCUCAAAUGUUGAACCCCUUCAUCUACAGCCUGAGGAACAGGGACAUGAAGGGAGCCUUGAGGAAACUCAUGAGUAAGAUAUCAUUGUUUUUUCAGGAGUGUGUUGUUUAA